GUCAUUGGGCGAGCCCGGCAGCGUCCGUGGUAGCAAGCCAUGGCGAUGGGCAGUGGCGGCGCGGGCUCCGAGCAGGAAGACACGGUGCUGUUCCGGCGUGGCACCGGCCAGAGUGAUGAUUCUGACAUUUGGGAUGAUACAGCAUUGAUAAAAGCUUAUGAUAAAGCUGUGGCUUCCUUUAAGCAUGCUCUAAAGAACGGUGACAUUUGUGAAACUUCAGAUAAGCCAAAAGGCACAGCCAGAAGAAAACCUGCCAAGAAGAAUAAAAGCCAAAAGAAGAAUGCCACAACUCCCUUGAAACAGUGGAAAGUUGGUGACAAGUGUUCUGCUGUUUGGUCAGAAGACGGCUGCAUUUACCCAGCUACUAUUACUUCCAUUGACUUUAAGAGAGAAACCUGUGUCGUGGUUUAUACUGGAUAUGGAAACAGAGAGGAGCAAAACUUAUCUGACCUACUUUCCCCGACCUGUGAAGUAGCUAAUAGUACAGAACAGAACACUCAGGAGAAUGAAAGUCAAGUUUCCACAGACGACAGUGAACACUCCUCCAGAUCACUCAGAAGUAAAGCACACAGCAAGUCCAAAGCUGCUCCGUGGACCUCAUUUCUCCCUCCACCACCCCCAAUGCCAGGGUCAGGAUUAGGACCAGGAAAGCCAGGUCUAAAAUUCAACGGCCCGCCGCUGCCGCCUCCACCGCCCCCUCCCCCCUUCCUGCCGUGCUGGAUGCCCCCGUUCCCUUCAGGACCACCAAUAAUCCCGCCACCCCCUCCCAUCUCUCCCGACUGUCUGGAUGACACUGAUGCCCUGGGCAGUAUGCUGAUCUCUUGGUACAUGAGUGGCUACCACACUGGCUACUAUAUGGGUUUCAGACAAAAUAAAAAAGAAGGAAAGUACUCACAUACAAAUUAAGAAGUUCAGCUCUGUCCCAAGGAGAUGGGGUGUCGGUGUCCCUGGUCGACAAGAACAGAUGUCUCCUCGUCAUCUGUGGACUCUUGGCUAAGUGGUGUCAUCAUCAGCAUCUCCCUGCUGUGGGAGUCCAUCCAUCCUAAGUCAGCAGCAGAGCGUGCCUGGGGCAUGAGCAGUUGGAGGGACCGACCAGUGGAGUGUGCGUGUUCGAAGGCAGUCUACCCAGUCGUGACUGAGCACAAAUGUGCAAUUGUCAUUUUCUUAGCAUGUCAAGAUUUUUAUUAAUGCCUUUAGAAUUAAAUAAAAGUCCUUUUUUGAAA